GUACAAUAAAAUAUAGUUUGAAGUCUAAAUAAAUAGUUAUUGCUAACAUUAAUUUGUAACUAGAUACAUAUUACAGAAAAUAUUAAACUAAAACAAGAUGAAGAGUUUUAUAUACUGUGCUGGUUGAAGUAAAGUUAUGGAUCAAGAAAAACCUGGCACUAGUAUUAAUCAUGGUAAACGAACUCGACCUUUGUUACUGCAACCGAGUCCAAAGAUUGCGAGGGUUUCUGCAUACGCAAGUUCAACGUCUAGUUCUGUUCUCAAGAAUUCGAAAAAGUUAAGCCCGAACUCUCCCCGUAAACCAAAAGUGCUAUAUAAUAAAAGCGAUGUGCCUGCUCCUGGCACCCCAGUUCCGGAUAAGCAUGUCCGUAAAGCUGGCCCUUAUUUACUAGGACCUAAACUAGGACCCAGUCCUGUUAAGAGCAUAGUGCAGUGUUUGGCUCGUAAAGAAAAGACUGAUGAAUUCUACCAAAUAAAAAUAUUAACCCUUCGAAACGAGGGGCAAACUGAAACACAGGAUGACAGACAAGGCAAAAUGCUUCUGCACACGGAGUAUUCAUUGUUAUCAUUAUUAAAGGACCAGGAUGGUGUUAUACAUCAUCAUGGAUUGUUUAAGGACCAUGCUGUUGAAGAGGUUCCCAACCCAAAUGGGCCAGGCUUAAUAUACACUGGUCGUGUGAGACAAAGGCUAUUUUUAGUAUUAGAUUGUGUGAAUGCACACCAAUUUAGUGAAAAGGGUAGUGAACUCAUUAAUUUACAACAGUAUGUUACUAAAGUGAAGAAAGUUCCUGAAAAGGAAGCCAUAUUGAUCUUUUAUGAUAUAGUUAGGGUUGUUGCUAAUUUACAUAAGAGAAACAUAGUUCACAGAGACCUGAAGCUUGGGAAUAUUGUUUUAAACCAAAGAACUGGACGAGUCAUUAUUACAAAUUUCUGUUUAGGAACACAUUUGGGAAGUGACAGAGAUCUAUUGAAAGAUCAGAGAGGUUCCCCUGCAUAUAUAUCUCCCGAUGUAUUAAUGUGCAAGCCUUACCUCGGUAAACCUUCGGAUAUGUGGGCUCUGGGUGUAGUUCUAUAUACCAUGUUAUAUGGACAGUUUCCCUUCUGUGAUACAAGCCUGGCCCAACUCUUCAGCAGGAUUCAGGCAGCCAAUUAUAACAUUCCUCCUGACGGAAACUCAGUUCAAGUAACAGAUAGCACGGUAUUCUUAAUACAAAGGUUAUUGGUUAAAGAUCCUAAACAUAGAUUGUUAGCAGAUCAGGUUUUAGACCAAUUGUCUAGUAUAAUAGCUUCAUAUGUGGUCGUUCCGAACCCAUCAGAGGAUCUACAAGUGGUACCCGAUGUUGUUUUGGACGAGAAGCCAGCGAGUAAUGGUUCAACUGAGAUUGAAAGGAAACCUUUCCUUACAACCCCCGACAGUGAAAGAACGCCAAACUCAUCUGAGGAGCUUGGUGUGUUUUGCGUUCCACUUCCUGAUUUCCUCGCUCUGAACUUCCCAUCGCCUACUCGAGUCACCCAAAGCAGUAUUCUAGUGCAUCCAACGAACCCUGUCGACUCCAAUCCCAGCCAGAGACAAAUUACCGUACAAAGAAUUGGUAGGGAUGCAAGACCGUUACUGCCAUGUGAAAUAACAAGAUAUCAGCACAUGUUCACAUCAAACAGAACAGAGAGACGUACAGAACAGAAUUACGUACCGGAAAACCGUUCUGAUAAUUCCAGACUUAGGUCCUUAGCACAUAGGAUACCAAGACUUAAUGCUAUAGCAUCCACAUCGACAGCUGAUCUACGAGUUAUACCUUUAUCUGACAGAUCCAGAUUGGACAGAUUAGAUCAAGAUUAUAUUCUUAGAUUGCCUGUUGUCGAUAUAUCUAGAAUGCCAAACAGAAUUAUGAAUCCAGCACCGGUACAUUCAAUCAAUCCCGAGGCAGUUGUUAACAAUCCACGUCCACCUGUAGAUAAUACUGAUUUAGAAUACAAUUAAUAUGUAAUUAAAACGAUAAAAUUAAACUUCUCAAUCUAUUAAUUGAAGCAUAAAUUGCUUAAACCGAUUAUAUUUAUCACCAACAGCUUGUAUGGGAACAAAUGUAGAAGCUAUUAUACAUUUUCAUAUAUUGCUCAUUUAAUAAUAAUAUGUAAUGCCUUGUUUUAUAUAUUAAUUAGAUAUUUAGAAUAUUUCAUAACUUCUCAUUUUUAAUAUAGGUUAUGUAUAGAGCAUUUAAAUAUACCGUUAGUAUGAAUUUCAACUUUUACAUGUCUAUUGUGUAUAAUAAAACAUUACAAGGAAUAUUUUAAUUGGCUACAGAAGUACUUAUAUAUGACGGCAUUUAUAUGUUAAAUACUGCCAAAAUGUUUUUGACAUUUCUACAUACUUUAGUAUAUAUUAAGUGUUAUCAAUCAAAUAUGAUCAUUUUGUUACUGUAUUAAGGUUUUUAAACGGAUGUGGGCUAUUUGUUUUAAAUAUACAUGGAUGGCAAUAUAAAUAAAUCUGUUUAUAUUUUUUUAUAAUAACUAGUGAAGUAAUUCCUCAUCAGUUAAAUAAGGUAAGCAUUUGUAAGACUCGUUUAUUGAAAUGAACGGUUGUAUUAAUUUAGCUUUUUAAUGUUUUAUGUAAAAUGUAAAAAAUGGUAUAGAAGCAACAAAAGUUAAGUUUUGGGUUAAAUUAAACAGUUAUCGUUUCCAUAUUACCUCCUUAGUUGUUAUUGGUAAGUACGUUUGAUAUGUUCUCUUUUUGAAUAUAAUAGCACUGGCUGCAAUUUUUUUUGUAGAUUAAAAAAUAAUUAUAUUAAUUUGUUUAUUUGUGUUCAGAGUGUAUUUCGCAAAAUAUGAUUUGAUAUUUAAGUCUCAUUUACAUCAUUUGAAAGCUACAAAUCAAAGUUGUCAUAAACCUUAUGCACAAAUUUUUCAACUCAAAUCAAUACCUUAUGAAAAAUAAAAUAAAAUAAAAAAAUAUUAAUAAUGAGGAAUAAUAACAGAAUACUUAAAACAGUCGUCCAUUAUUUUAGUUUUAUUUUUAGAUCCAUGUAACAUUAAAGAAUAAGAAAAAAAAAACAUUAAAAAACUUAUGACAUAUCAUUGAAAAAAGGUUAUAUUAUUUUAAAUGACUUUUACAUGCGGUAUACUCUAAGUAUUUCUUUUAAAAUUUAAUGUUCUUUAAAAAUGACAAAGCGCUGUUAUUUUAUAUUUUUGUUAUAUAAUCUGUAUUCUGUGGUAUGUAAGUAUGUAAGUAGACAAUUUUGUUAUCUGUUAGAUAUGCAUGCUAUGUCGCGGUAUGUAGACUAAUAAAGAUGUAUUUUAAAGA